AUGAGCAGGAUCGAGCACAGAUUGAUGGGGAGUAGAGGGAACCAGGAGCUGCGAGUGCAGCUUGUUACACCGGAGGAGCCUACGAGGACGGGGGGCGAAAGUUUGAGGUCGACAGGCGGGUUUUUGCAGGCACAAUUGCAGGAGAGACGGGGCGAUGAGGAUGAUGGGCAUCUUGGCGAUGAACCGUUGUUUAUGCCGUCGGUGAAAAGUACCAGGGAACUGGAGUGUGAGAUUAUGGAGACGAUACACUCGCUGCAGGCGGGGCAAAGCGUGGAAUCGGAGCGACUGGUGGGGGUUUUGAACCGGUCGAUAACGGCGAUCUCGCAUUGGUCGCUGCAGGCGCAGCUUGCACAGCUCAGAGGCAACCCGGACGACCGACAGGCCGUGGAGACCAGUUUGCUGCGGAAGGAGAUGGAGUUUCUGAUACACAGGCGGCCUUCGGCCGCCGAAGAGCAGCCGGAACCGACACAGGGCGCGAUGAGGACGCCGCCGUACAGCAGAUCGUGCGAGUCGCCUCGCAGGCCGGUCAAGAAACCGGCGCUGGCGGCGUCGGCGGCCGUCGAAGACCCACUGGCACUGACUUUAGUCGAGAACAAGAAACCGCACCCGAGGAUGAGAAGAACCAGCGACAACCCUUCGAGAAACGAGUACGUGAGGGUUUUCCAUCUGCGCCGCAAAUAG